AUGGAGAUGGCAUCUCGCAGAGCGCGCCAACGCACUCACACACACUGCGUCGGCAUGAAUCUGGAACAUCGCAUCAAGGCCUAUCGCUUCGUCACCUACUCGGCCGUCACAUUCUCAGUUGUGGCUGUUAUUUCGGUAUGCACGACACUGCCGAUGGUCUACAACUAUGUGCACCACGUAAAACGACUUAUGCAUAGUGAGAUUAACUUCUGCAAGGAUUCAGCUCGUGAUAUUUGGUCAGAAGUCGGACAGCUCAAAACCAUCUCACAGCAUUCGAACAGGACGGCAAGGCAGGCUGGCUAUGGAAAUUGCCAGGCGUGCUGUACCGGUGGGCAAGCUGGCCCUCCAGGAAUGCCCGGAAACCCUGGACGACCAGGAAACCCAGGAGCACCCGGUAUUCCUGGUAACCCUGGACGGCCCCCUGUUCAGCCGUGCGACCCAAUUCCAAUCCCUCCAUGCAAACCGUGCCCACAAGGACGACCAGGACCCCCAGGACCUGUCGGCCCUCCAGGAGAGCCUGGCACUCCCGGAAAUCCAGGAGCUCCAGGAAACGAUGCACCACCAGGCCCUCCUGGACCGAAAGGACCACCAGGACCACCAGGAAAAGCAGGAGCGCCAGGUGCAGCAGGUCAACCAGGAGCAAACGCACCUUCAGAGCCUCUCGUUCCUGGACCACCUGGACCUCCAGGACCUACCGGACCACAGGGACCCCCUGGACCAAACGGAGCACCUGGACAUCCUGGCGCACCAGGAGCGCCUGGAGAGAAGGGCCCUCGCGGACAAGAUGGUCACCCAGGAGCGCCGGGAAAUGCUGGUCAUCCCGGACAACCAGGACAGCCCGGACCACCAGGAGAGCGUGGUGUGUGCCCGAAAUACUGCUCAAUCGAUGGUGGUGUCUUCUUCGAAGAUGGAACUCGUCGCUAA